UCUUGACCAUCGACGAGUAUGUGGGGACCAAGUGUAAUGGGGCCGAGCAGAGCGCUCAGCAGGUCCGUUCGCCCAUUGUUUGCCCGCCCGCUGCUCCGCCGCCCACUACUCACCCGCUCCGCCUCCCGCCCAGCCUUCUUCCACCCAUCGACACACUUUGAAACCACCUUUUUCACCCAUUCCAGAUCGUUGUCGACGCUCCCCCCCGCCCGAGCUGUGCCACGCUCUCUCCCCAAGUGGCUCUUUGGCUGCUCGGCCCUAGUCUUUGGCAUCCUCGUCGUUGGCGGACUGACCCGUCUGACAGAGUCUGGCCUCAGUAUAGUCGAAUGGCAGCCGAUCACGGGGAUAUUGCCCCCCUUGACGCAGGCAGAAUGGGAUGAGGAGUGGGAAAAGUACAGAGUGUCCCCGGAGGGCGUCUUGACCAACUCGAGGAUUGAAAUGGACGAGUUUAAGAAGAUCUUUUACAUGGAAUGGGCGCAUCGCAUCGCUGGCAGGGUUCUUGGUGUAGGAUUCGUCGUGCCCAUGGUGUACUACAUGGCCAGAUAUCGUCUACCACGGAAGCUACAAGGGAAGCUGCUGCUCUUGGGUCUAGGUAUAGGCUUUCAGGGUGCUCUUGGCUGGUACAUGGUCAAAUCGGGUCUGGAUCAAGAGAUUAUCGACAAUCGGGGUGUCCCGAGAGUGUCGCAGUAUCGACUCGCGGCUCAUCUCAGCGCCGCCUUGGCGCUUUAUGUCGGGAUGUUGCACACCGCGCUGUCACUCAGGCAGCACGUGCCCAACGUGGCACUCGCACAGCCCGACGUGAGACGAUUCGCUCGGGUCGCCAGAGUGGCAGGGGCCAUGGUGUUUCUCACGGCAGUCUCUGGAGCGUUUGUGGCGGGUCUGGACGCAGGACUGGUCUACAACGAGUUUCCAACGAUGGGUGGUCGGCUGGUCCCUCCAACCGACGAAUUGCUAGAUCAGCGAUAUGCUCGACGGCCGGAUGGGAGGGAUAAUUGGUGGCGGAAUAUGCUGGAGAAUCCGGUCACUGCCCAAUUUGAUCAUCGCUUAUUUGCCACGACAACAUUCACAGUGCUGCUGUCACUGCCUCUGCUCCCGAGAGUCAUAAUGACUGCGUCGAGUCGGCAGCUCUUGCCGAGGUCCACAAUGCUGCUCGCUCGUUCUACUGCGGCAGCAGCGAUCGCUCAGGUGACGUUGGGCAUCACUACGUUGCUGUACCUGGUCCCCGUACCUUUGGCUGCGGCGCAUCAGGCGGGCAGUGUUGUGCUGUUGACGUUGAUCACCGGUUUGGUCACGUCCUUGAGAAGACCUGGGCAGGUCAUGCGCGUAGUCAAGAGUUUAUAGUGUAGCCACAGCAAGUAGAAUUAUUCUCCCCUCGAAUUGAAUUUUACUCCCGUUAUUAUUUCCAACUUUCGACCGUCCAUCCUUUCA